AUGGAUUCAGCCCAAGCAGGAGAGGAGGUUCUUCACCGACAAGGUCAGUCAAUCCCACCCACGCAACCGCUAAUUAUAAAUCCAAAGUCAUACUUGCCAUCACAGACACCGAGUGGGUUGACGAGGCUGAGAACGGCAGAGCUUGAGGACUUGCAAGGUGAUGGCGAAGGAGAGCGCAAGACCGGAGAUAGGGUUUAUGAUUACGACGUCUACAAUGACCUCGGCAACCCUGACGAGAGUGAAGACUUAAAAAGGCCAGUAUUGGGUGGCAAGGAACUCCCUUACCCUAGGCGUUGCAGGACAGGUCGCCCUCCCUGUAAUUCAGAUCCAUCCUUGGAGUCAAAGGGUAGCGGCUCCUUCUACGUCCCUCGCGAUGAAGAAUUUGGAUCUCUAAAGCAAGAAAUUUAUACCAAGGGCAAAAUUUUUGGAUUAUUAUUUCAUAAUUUUUGGCCAUCAGUAGAAUCUUGGUUUGAGAGUUAUGAUGGAUUCCCAUUCUUCUCCGAUAUUGGUAAACUGUUUGGUGAAGGAACACACCUGCCUUCGAUUGGAGAUCAAGAGUUUUGGAUCACCCACUUUCACAAAAUUUUCAGGGCUAUUAUUGAAAAAACUGAUGCACUUUGGCAUUUUGAGAUGCCUAAAACUAUGCUAAGGGAUGAAUUCUUUUGGUUGAGGGAUGAGGAAUUUGCUCGGCAAACUCUUGCUGGUCUCAAUCCAUUGAGCAUAAAGCUGGUCAAGGAGUGGCCCCUGAAGAGUGAACUUGAUCCUCAUAUCUAUGGUCCGCCUGAAUCAGCUAUCACCACAGAGCUAGUAGAGCGAGAAAUCAACGGCAUUAUGACUUUUGAUGAGGCAUUACAUCAAAAGAAGCUAUUCAUUAUUGAUUACCACGACAUGCUAUUACCAUAUGUAUCCAAAGUAAGAAAAAUAGAAGGCACGACACUGUAUGGUUCGAGAGCACUAUUCUUCUUCGCUCCAGAUGGUACAUUGAAGCCACUAGCUAUCGAGCUGGUACAUCCACCGAUGGAUGGCAAGCCACAGUGGAAGCAAGCUUUCACCCCUUCUAGGCAGUCUACAAGUUGCUGGCUUUGGAGGCUUGCCAAAGCUCAUUUCGUUGCUCACGAUGCUGGCUAUCACCAACUCGUUAGCCACUGGCUAAGAACACAUUGUGCAGCAGAACCCUAUGUAAUUGCAACCAAUCGGCGACUGAGCGUGAUGCACCCUAUCUACAGACUAUUACAUCCACAUCUCCGGUACACAAUGGAGAUCAAUGCUCAAGCACGCCAAUCGCUAGUCAGUGCUGGUGGAUUCAUUGAGGGCUUAUUCUCACCCAACAAGUACUCUUUGGAAAUUAGUGCUGUUGCCUAUGACCAGCAAUGGCGCUUCGACUGUGAGGCCUUACCCAAAGACCUAAUUAUGAGGGGACUAGCUGAGGAUGAUAAAACUGCUCCACAUGGUCUGAAGCUAACAAUAGAAGACUAUCCUUAUGCCAAUGAUGGUUUACUCAUAUGGGAUGCCCUCAAACAAUGGGUCAGCGUCUAUGUCAAUCACUACUAUCCAGACUCAAGCUUCAUAGAGUCUGACACAGAGAUCCAGGAAUGGUGGACUGAAAUUCGUACUGUGGGCCAUGGUGACAAAAAGGAUGAACCAUGGUGGCCUGAACUCAAGACACCCGAAGACCUUAUUGAAAUCAUCACUACCAUGGUGUGGGUUACCUCUGGUCACCAUGCAGCGGUAAACUUUGGUCAGUAUGUGUACGGGGGCUAUUUCCCAAAUAGGCCUACCAUUGCUAGAAUAAACAUGCCGAAUGAAGACCUAAGUAAUGGAGAGUGGAAAGAUUUCUUGGAGAGACCUGAAGCGCAUCUUUUGAAGACCUUCCCUAAACAAUCACAAGCAACAAAAGUGAUGGCUCUUUUGGAUGUUCUAUCCUGUCACUCCCCAGAUGAGGAGUAUCUUGGCAGGUCUAUGGAGGCAUCAUGGGAAGAGGAUGAUGUUAUAGCGGCAGCUUUUAAGAAGUUUAGCCAGCGGAUAGAGCAGAUUGAGGGGAUUAUUGAUAAGAGGAAUGCUGACAAGAAUUUGAACAACAGAUGUGGAGCUGGCGUCCUACCAUAUGAACUGCUGAAGCCAUUCUCCAAUCCAGGAGUGACAGGGAAGGGAGUGCCAAACAGUAUCACUAUCUGAGAUUGAGAAAAAUCUUGAUCGUUUACAUGCUUGAUUGAUCAUCCGCUGAAAUGAGAGUUUAAGAUGAAUAAUUAUAGCACUUGAAAUCAAUUACUAUCGAAAUAUUGACUAUCGUCAUUAAUAAAUAAAUAAUUUUCGUUAUAUUA